UUUAACAGCUGAGGUUGUAAAUUUAUGCAAAAAGCAGACCAGCAGACAAAGACUUCUUGCAAGGACCAAGGAUGUCUGCUUCAAACUGCUUCUCUUAUCAGUCGUGCCCGUACUACAACUGGUCUGUAUGCCUGAAUGUCGAUACCUCAAGAGUGUACAAUGAUGUUAGUGCAGCCUGGGUCCUCAUUGCAGCCAUGAUCGUGUUCUUUAUGAAAGCAGGCUUCAUGCUAGUUGAGCUAUCAUUUGCUCAUGAUCUGAGAGAGCAGCGUCACGUUGUGAUAAUCAAAUACAUAGAUGCAUGUGCGAGUGCGUUUGGGUUCUUUCUGAUCGGAUUUGGAGCCAUAGCGAGAUAUACUUCGCCUCAAGGUCUUCACGUACAGUUUUUUCAAAUAUCAGACCCUGUUCUCUGGUUUUUCAAGUUUACUUUUGCUAGUAACACUGCUACUAUUAUUGGGGGCUGUCUAGUAACUAAUCGUUACAAGCUACGCCUUCCAGCUGCCUUUAUCAGUGCCUUUGUCAUUAGUGGUAUCAUUCAUCCACUGAUAACUUUCCUUAUAUGGUCUGAUCACUGCAAAACGCUUUCACCAUAUCGCUUCUGUCAAGAUGGUCAGGAUACUGCUACUCAAGAUCAAUGUCCAUUUAGUUGCAAUAGUACAUCACUAACCCUUGGCAAUAAGAUGUAUGUGCUUGAUUUUGCUGGUGGUGGGGCUGUACAUUUAGUUGGAGGUGUGGCAAGUCUUGUUAUUUGUCUGUUGGUGAAACUACAGCACUGGAGGGAUAAAAGGACUAAAAAAGCACCAGAUUCAUCAGCUGAAUCAUCAUAUGCAGAAAUUGGAGAAACUCCGCAACCAAAGAAUUUCAUUGAGUGGAUGUAUCCUGCUAAUGGAGGCUCAGAGAGAGUUGGAGAGGCUGCUUUGGGUGUCAUUAUACUUUGGUUCUGCUGGUUUGCCUUUAAUUGUGGCUCAACUAACAGCUUGCAGUCAUCUAAUCCAGGAGCAGCUUACUCAAGAGAGUACAAUAUAAUACCAUUCCAUGGUGUGCCAUCCAUCAUUGCUCUUAACAUGAUACUAGCAACUGCCACUGGAGGGAUUGUGGCUGUUUCUAUUGCAACAUGGGCUCAACUUUACUUUAGAACUGUUUCAGUCAAUGCAAACGAGAUAGCCAAUGGCAUACUUGCAUCACUAGUUGCUAUCACUGCUGGAUGUCCUUUUGUGGAUUACUGGGGUGCUUGUUUGAUUGGAUUUGUUGCUGUUAUCCUCUACCAUGUUGGCUGCUACAUUGAGUAUAAGCUUGGGAUUGAGGACACUGCAAGAGUUGUACCAGUUCAUGGAGUCUGCGGCCUUUGGAGUCUUCUUGCUGUUGGACUGCUUGUUGCUUCUGAAAACUCUGAGUGCAAUCUUCAUUCGACAUUUGAAGGACUCUGCUAUUGUGAAUUGCGCCUGCCAACUCUAUCGUAUUUUGAGAGGCUCCUGUUUCAGAUUGUAGGUGCUAUCAUGAUGAUUGGUAUUACUGGAAUCAUGACAGUCGUUGUCUAUGGAUUAUUGUACAUCACUCCAAUUCAACCAUUUGUUAAAGCUUUUUCAAGGUUGUUGUGCUUGAACAGCAAAGGCCCAUUGAUGUUUAGAGGCAACUGGUUACUGACUUCACCAGUAGAGGAUCAGAUGCUGUGGGGAAUGAUGCAUCAUCUUGCAACACCACUGAGCACUCCACUGCCAUCUAAAAGGAAUCAAGAGGAGUUGGAAGAAUCUGAAUAUCUGGAGUCAAAAGAGCACUGCGGCUCAUUACUACGAUCGAGAACUCAUGCUGAAUUAAUAAUCAAUACUUCAAGUUCAACAGGAGUACAGAGCACAGAUCUCUCAACGCCACUACUUAAAAACAACAGUGGAACAGAAUAGCCUAUUUUAAUUAACGAGCUGCAUGUUCAAGUGUAGCAAUUUAGAUCUAUUUUGGGUGCAUGCAGCAUGUGUGUGUGUGUGUGUGUGUGUGUGUGUGUGUGUGUGUGUGUGUGUGUGUGUGUAUUUUUAAAUCACAGUUAUGAUUGAAGUUUUCACAUCUGAUGAAAUGAUA